AUGUCUUCAAAAUAUACCGCGAACACAUAUGAUCCAUACCUUGAGCCACCAAUUCCUAUCAAGGCUUACAUCCCACUGGAAUCCAACCCCGAAGUCUUUACCCAAUUGCUUCGCAACCUUGGUGCACCCUCGCUCGAGUUUCAGGAUGUUUUCUCCAUCGAUGACCCCGAUCUGAUGGCCAUAGUCACGCGUCCUGUCCUUGCUUUGGUCCUCGUGUUCCCGACCUCGGAGAUCUACGAGAAACAUAAAGCAGCUGAAGAAGCUACACGUUCAGCCUAUGAAGGCAUGGGCCCUGGCGAGGAUGUGAUCUGGUUCAAGCAGACCAUUCACAAUGCGUGUGGACUCUAUGGAAUUCUUCAUGCUAUCUCGAACGGUCCUGCUCGCGAUUACAUCGAACCUGAUUCUAUCCUAUCCCGUCUUAUCGAAGAGUGUAUCCCUUGCGACUCCGAUAUCCGUGCUAUGCGUCUCGAAUUCUCAGACGAGCUCGAAGAUGCUUACACAGUUGCUGCGCUUCAAGGCCAGUCCGCCGUUCCCGAAGAUGCGAAUGCUGAAGUCGACUUCCACUACAUCGCCUUCGUACGCUCGCACAAGAAUGGACGGCUUUAUGAGAUGGAUGGUGAUAAAAAGGGGCCGAUCGAUCUCGGUAUACAGUUGACCGAGGGUAAGGAUAUGAUGGAGGAAGAUGCAGUGUUAGGAGUUGUGCGUAAGUUCAUGGCGAUGGAGAAAAAAGAUUUGCGUUUCAAUCUCAUGGCGCUCACACCCAAAGUAGUGUAA